AUGGGGCUGCUCUUAGGGGUGAGGUCCUGCGGACAGAAGCGCUGGAGGCUGGGCCACAGGAAGGGAGGCUGCGAACCCGCGCUCGGGGGCGCCGGGAACCGCCUCGGGUGCUGCAGAACUCACACGCUGGCGGAGGCCGUUGGGGAGCCUCGGCAGCACCCCUUCCUCCUUGCCCUCGUCGCUGGACCAGCCCCAGCGCCACAUCUAGGAAGGGACCAGCGCUUCUCAGGUUUGGGGGCCCGGCUGCAGUUGCUGGCGGGCACGUGGCGGUCAUCUUCGUCCGCGGAGGGAGUUGACCUCGGGUGCAGCGUGCUGAGAGCUGGGAAGGGCGAUGCGGGACCUGGGAGGCAGGACCAUUCUACCCCACUCUCCAUCUUCAUCAUUCUCUCGGCCAGGAGGGCUGGAAGGGAUGCAGAGAGGAAAGGGAGAGAAACCCCCAAGCCCCUUCUCCCAGAAUCCUGCCCUGUGUGCUCCCCCCGCACCACUCCCACUAACCCAACAAUGCUAGAGAAGAGUGCAGGUCUGGGAGGUGAAUUCUCAGCCAAGGGCCGGGCCGGGAAGGGAGGCGGGGGUGGGGCCAGGACGGGGGCGGGGCUGAGGUAUGCCAACCUGAUAGCGCAGGGUAGGAGGCCCCCACUCCAGACGCGGCGACCUCCCCUGUGUGGCCCCUGGACAGAACGAGGCAUGAGGUGUCCUCUGGACGCCCGCCCCGGCCGCAGCCCUGCCUGCAAGAGGCUACUUCUAACAGGCAUCCUGAUCGCAUCCUGCACCUGCCUUGCCUCCUCGGAGCUGCCCUUCCCUGCGUCUCCAGACCUCUUGACUGAAGGAGCCGGUGCCCGCCUGCCUGUUCCUGGAAGCCUGAAUGGUGUUCUCUCUGCUUCUUGGCCCCAGGGGCACAGCCACACAGGCCAGGAGACACUGGACAACCGAGCCAGUUCCAAGGGGGUGAGUCUGCUCACAUUCCCCUACAACAUCGAUGGCGUUAUCCAGAGUGACCUCAAUUACUCAGUGGUCCUGAAUUGUUUGGCUUCUUAUAUCACCCCCAAGCCCGUGCUACACUGGACCCUCAAUGGGGAGCCCUACAUGACUGGGGCUCUGCUGAUCAUCCGGAGGUUGUCCUGGGAGAAUCUGGGCACCUAUGUGUGCACGGCCAAGAACAGCCAAGGACAGUAUCCCUCUGACCCUGUGACCAUCUCGCUGCCAGAAGAGAAAGUGGAUCCCACAGAGGCUGAGCCCAUCGAGCCGGACCCCGUUCUCUCCCUGUCAGGAGGAGCUGCCAUCAGCCUCCUCGUGGCUGGAAAUGUAGGGGCGGCAAUGCUGAUCGGAGGAAUAAGCUUCACCAUCGUCCAGAGUCUAAAGGCUAGAAGACAAAGAAUACGGAUGUGCUGCUGAAGUGGGCACUUGUCUGUCAGCCUCAAAGUGAUGCCAGGAAGGGCAGCAAGAGAAUUCUGGGGCUGGGGUACAAGAUGAUGUUCCUGGGACCUCCUGAUGAGACCUCCUCCCUCCUGAUCUUUUGUCUGUGGGAUGUUCUCAUCUUGCUGAGAGUCCCAGAGACUGCUUUUCUCUCUCUCUCCCCAGCUGCCAGCAUCCUACCUGGCCAGCUCCCCAAAUCCCUGGAAACCACCCAUACAAGCAGUCCGUAUUUCAUGAAAUUCAUGAACUGAAAGCAAAGGAUACUCACUUAAGUGGUCCAAUAAAAACAAAAGGAUGGGGGCA